UCUACCUUCAACUAUAAAUACCAUAUUAGACUUCUCCUCUACCAUCACACAUCUUUUGUAACACUAAUCUAUUUUCCCAAACCACUUUUAAAAUAGUCUUGCAAUAGUUACAUAUAACAAUAUGAAGAAGUCUCACGUUUUGCUUCAUCUGCUUGUUCAAGUCAUUGUCCUUUUACCUCUUCUUUGUUUAUCUGAUGACUUUGUUAGCUCUAGAGCUACUUAUUAUGGCAGUCCCGAUUGCAAAGGAAAUCCUCGAGGAGCAUGUGGGUAUGGAGAACUUGGAAGAGAUAUCAAUGAUGGUGAAGUGAGUGGUGUUUCAUCGCGACUAUGGAAAAAUGGAGCCGGCUGUGGUGCUUGUUACCAGGUGAGAUGCAAAAUACCUCCACACUGCAAUGAGGAAGGAGUAUACGUAGUGGCUACGGACUACGGAGAAGGAGAUGGUACGGACUUCAUAUUUAGCCCUAAGGCGUAUGGACGUAUGGCGCGACCCGGCACAGAGUUUCAGCUCUACUCUUUUGGUGUGGUUGACGUUGAAUACCAAAGGGUCCCUUGCCGGUACGGAGGGUACAACCUGGUGUAUAAGAUCCAUGAGAAAAGCUAUAAUCCCCAUUAUCUUGCUAUCCUUAUCUUGUACGUUGGUGGUGUCAACGACAUCCUCGCCGUUGAAGUCUGGCAGGAGGAUUGCAAAGAGUGGAAACGCAUGAGAAGAGUGUUUGGAGCGGUUCAUGAUUAUCAGAAUCCACCAAGAGGCACUCUCUCUUUGAGGUUUUUGGUCUAUGGAAGCGCCGGUCUCAAUUGGGUCGAAUCGCAGAACGCUCUUCCAGCAGAUUGGACCGCAGGAGCCACCUACAACUCCAACAUUCUACUUACUUGAUUCCCCUGUUCUCAUCUCUUUAUUGAUAGUGUGUUUAUAUAAAUACGUAUGGUUUUCUCUAUGUUAUGGCUAUAUACAUAAUUAAAUAAUGCCCUCUAGACUAAAGGAUAAUCAUUGUAGAUUCAUAUAACUAUGUAAUGUGUGUAGUCAAGAAGAUUGUAAGGAUUUGUAAGGUUUUGGUUGGUGGAAAAUUAAAUAAUGAUAAAACUUAAUUAAAAAUUUUAUAUGCUCAUUUUAACAUACAUCAUGAUCAUAUUGGUCAGUCAAUCAAGAUAACUUCUAUCAUGGUCAGUCGAUCAAAUACAUCACGAUGUCAUGUUUUUCUCUAGGUUUCUUGAUAUGAUUCUGAUGCGCUAAGCUUGAAUUUUUCGGUGGAUUUUUGAGAGCCUAUGAACUCCAACAAUGCCAUUAAGCUUUCAAGUAUACACGAAUUUGAAACCUAUGCACUUCAGUCUUCAGCAUUGGGAGGUGUUUAGUUUCUAGUUACGUAUUUGAUAAUACUAGUAAGAUGGAAGUAAUGUGUAAGAAAAAUAUCUUCCAGCGAGGCUAAUACAUUGGAAAAUGGUAGGGGUGAUUGAAAAAGACAGUCAUGUGAGCGUCUCUUUCUUUUUAGCUGUCCUCUUGGGUCGGACUUAUCCCUAUUCCCUACAAUUUUAUCCGCUUCUCAUUUUCAUAAUUCUUCCAUUCUCAAAUUCAACAUAACAUUUAAAAAAUCAUUUUUUUCUUAAAUAAAAAAAUGUAAUAUAGGAAAUUCCAAGACCACAGCCUCUUGUUCCUUAUAGAUAUGCGAUGCUUACCAAUGACAUACAGCUUGCAAUUUUAGCCUUUUCCUUGGUUCGUAACACUAUUAUUUCUAGUACGAAAAAGUAAUAUUCUUAUAAACAUGUCUCAGUAACGUUUCUUAUUUGUUAAAGUUAAUUACCUCGAGUGUGUAUACAUACAUACAGACAAACGUUUAUCUCUUUUAUCUCUUUUCUUGUGAUCAUAUACGUUGAUAUCAUCGACUAACCACGAGAUAUAUAUUGAUAAUAUUGUCUGUAGUCCUCGCGACAAUAUUUAUGUCUGAUGAGUUACGCUAAGAGCCCAAGAUGUAAGAACGCAAUGGUGUGUGGAAAUUUGGAUAGACCAUAUGAGUUAACAUCACAUACACCAACUAGAGUCAACGAUAGAUUGAUAAAGCAAACAAAUGUCUGAAUCGUACAUAUCAAACACAAACUCAAAUAUUAUAAAACGAUGAAAACUAAUGGCUCGAAAAAUAAUGAAAGUAAAUUACACGAAAACGACGGGGACCAGUUCAAUAAUAAUCUCAAACAAGGAGCAAAUGGGCUGCAACAAGGAAAGAAAGUGCUACGACGUCGAUUCUGACAUUGAAAGAUCCGGAAUCCGGCGAGGACAUAGCCGGUGGCAUGGGUCCCGGUCCUGGAGAAGGAGAAGAUUCCAUUGCUGGCAUCGGUGGCGAAGCCAUAUCGGGGACUGAUGCUGGGCUAGGGCCUGGGCUCAUAGGAGUAGUUGGUGGACUCAUUGGGCUUGAAGAUGGAGUCAUUGGCAUCAUAGGUGGUGUAGCCAUGGACAUUGGUGGUGGAGCCAUAGGCAUAGGCGGUGGAGUCAUUGUCAUAGGUGGUGGAGCCAUGGGCAUAGGUGGUGGAGUCAUAGGCAUAGGUGGUGGAGUCAUGGGCAUAGGUGGUGGAGUCAUCAUAGGCAUAGGUGGUGGAGUCAUCAUAGGCAUGGGAGAGCCGCCGCUAGGCAUUGGUGGCAUGGACAUUGAGCCAGAAGGAGCCAUCAUGGGAGAUUGAGCUAAAGAGAAGGGGAUUAAAACCAUAGUCAAUGUGAGCAAAAGGAGAGCUUGUGAAGAAGCCAUCAUGGGAUAUUGAGCUAAA